GGAUGAUGCUUCAUGAAGCAUCAUUUCUUACACAUGAGUUCUUGUCAAACAAAUAUCUGCAGCAUUUUAGGUAUAGUGUAUAACUUAUGGCAAGCCAUGUACCACAAUAACAUUAACUUUUCUUUCCAGUGAUAAUGUCUGAGCCAAAAGAACUGGAGCAGAAAGAUGGGAAAUCUGAGUCACAAAUUAGAUAUUUGCAACGUCUCCACAAAUUAAGACAGCAUCAUAUAGAGUGUGAGAACCGGCACAUGCAUUGGCUCACCAAAUCAGCACAUGAUGAGAAAGAGAGAACUUUGCACUUGCAGACUUGGCUCCAGACUGUGCCGAAAGAAAACCAAAGAUUCUGUGAAGACAGUUCUGUGGGUGUCCCUGAGCUCACACGGACUGACAGUGUCCUACUUGACAGGAUGCAUGUUGGAUUUGAGGACUGUAUUUUAAAAUGCAGUGAAGAGGAGGUUGUUCCUGACACAACAGACUCGGAUGGUGAGCCACAACCAAAAACGACCAAAGAGAGAACACUGACUAGACUAAAAAAGAAGAAGAAAAGGGUCAUUAGAGCAAAAACCUCAACACACAAGACAUUGGACACUUCUGAACUUGACCAGCAAAAAUGUAAAAAUCUGACCAGCUCUGGAGGUGAAGACAAAUAUGUCCCUGACAAGAGAGACGUCACAGACACAGAUAGUGAGCCACAACCAAAAACAACCAAAGAGAGAACACUGACUAGACCGAAAAGAGUCAUUAGAGCAAAAACCUCAACACACAAGACAUUGGACACUUCUGAACUUGACCAGCAAAAAUGUGAAAAUCUGACCAGCUCUGGAGGUGAAGACGAAUAUGUCCCUGACAAGAGAGACGUCACGGACACAGAUAGUGAGCCACAACCAAAAACAACCAAAGAGAGAACACGGACUGGACCAAAAAGGAAUAAGAAAAGAGUCAUUAGAGCAAAAACCUCAACACACAAGACAUUGGACACUUCUGAACUUGACCAGCAAAAAUGUGAAAAUCUGACCAGCUCUGGAGGUGAAGACGAAUAUGUCCCUGACAAGAGAGACGUCACAGACACAGAUGAAAAAAUAAUUGAAGACAGUGAUGCCACAGGCAGCGAAAAUGAGGACUGCCUCUUAUCCCAAGAUUCUGGGGCAUCGUCUAAUUCUUCAGAGAACACGCAAAAGAGGCCCAAAAUUGUUUCAGAAAAUGGCACAGACCAAUCAGGAGGAAGCAUGGGUUGUACCUCAACACAGGAUCCUGAGGUGUCUUCUAAAUCUCCAGAAUCAUCCCAAAUGAUAUCCACAGAUGCAUCACAAAUUGAAAAAGGCCAAGCCUCAAAAGGACAGAAGAGGAAAUGGACAGCUGAAGAGGUGGAAGCUGUGGAAAAAACGCUUCUGAAUUCAAUCCUGACUGGUAGAGUACCUGGUAAAGCACUGUGCCUGGAAUGCAUCGAGGCCUCUCCAGAAGCCCUGUCAGGACGCUCUUGGAAAGCAAUCAAAUUCUAUAUAAAAAAUCGUAUAGAUUCAGCCAAAAGAGAAAGCUUUAAAAGAAAGUAG